AUGUCCGCCUCAAUGACAUGUAAGCCCCAACAAGCCGGCUUCUUCAGCCGGUUUCGUCGCAACGACUCCGUCAUGGGCUCACCGACAGGCUCUGCUACGCCUUCCCUCGCGCCCUCUCUCGCAUCCUUGAGUCAGGACAACGACAACCUGGCUGCGACCAACACUCGCCUACAGAACCGCAACCAAGAGUUGAUGCAGCAGUCUGAACUCAACCAACUGCUUUUCCAGCAAACCUCCGAAGAGCUCACAGCGAAGGAGAGAGAACUUGUGACGCUGAAAGAGAGGUUGAGCUCUAAUGCUGAAGCUACGAAUGAGACUAUUCAGGCUCUUGGAGAGCAGCUCCAGACUCUGACUGAGCAACUGGCGGAAUUGCAGGACACCAAUACUUCGCAUGAGGCUCAACUAGCUGAUUCCGAAGAGCAGCAACACCAGCUCUCCUUAGAAGCUGCCCAUGUGCAGUCCCCGACCCAAGAAGACGUCGACGACUUGAUCUGGGCUAAGCUCCAAGACAAGAACAAGACCAUCCACUUCCUGCGUUGUCGCCAGGCCAAGUCUGAUAAGCGUAUCCAGAAGCUGCAGGAGCGUCUGGAGGUUGAGCAGAGUGUGGGGAGGGAUUGGGUUGAGACGAUUAUGAUGGUUAAUAUGAAGGUUAGGGCGAGGGCGAAGGCGGAGGAUGAUGCUGAUGCUAAGGUGUAG